CUUCACUGCGACGACGCCACGUUCCACCUCGCCAGCGAUGCCGAGCAGGACAUUGCCAACCAUGAGCCCGCUCCCAAGGCUCAAGAACCUCCUCAAGUCUGGAGACUCCUUCAAGCCUCUGGUCUAUGCGGAAAAGUGUAUCCUCGACACCCUUCCCGGUCAGGUUAUCAGGGAUAUUGGAUGGCACUGCGACUCUCUGAGCGACGUUCUCAACCUCAGUCUUUGCUCACGAAGACUGAGAGCACAGUUGUUGCCUUGUCUCUAUUCCAAUAUCGAAUUGAAAACCAACAAGCAAUGCAAGUCGACCUUGGUGUCACUCUCUAAACGCCUGGAAAACGCCCGGCACGUACGCCGCCUCGCCGUUUGCCCGAACCCAAUCGAAUGGACGGCACCGGGCGAAGAAAUCGACGAGAACCUUAUCUGCGAACUCGUCUGCACGCUCGCACCUCACCUUCGGUCCUUGGAGUACUUUGCCUGGGACGGUUGGGAGAUGCCCUCGGACGAUUUGUGGACGGCCUUGAGGAAAUCUUGUCCGCAUUUGAAAGGAAUCAGCAGCGUUAUUGGUGACCGACCUCUGAACCCAGGAAGCCAGCUGUACAAGUUUUCCAAUUUGAGGCAAUUCUCGCUCACUGUGAAGACGAAAUCGUUGGACUGGUUGGCUGCUGGACCCCCAAAGGUUGAAAGGCUACCGCGAAGGUUCUGGGAGAUGUUGAUCGAACGGUGCCCUCGCCUCGAGGAACUGACCCUGAACGCUGUGGCGCCUGCGCACCGCAUCUUCGACGCCAGGAACGUGACAUUGGGGCGGUGGCCAAGACUUCGCUCGAUAACCUUGGGGGACAUGGCCCUGCAGGAGAGCACCAAGGACGACAUUUCCUCCGUUCAGGAUUAUCAGGCGUUCAUGAAGUUCUUUGCCAAUCAUCCAAGGCUACAGCAUAUCGCCCUACAGCAUGCCGGUGGUAGCACGAUCUUCCCUUCCUCCUUUGCUCUUCCAUUCUCUGCUCUUCCCCGUCUCGAAUCCUUUCAUGGUCCUCUCAAGUACCUUCGAAGCAUCCCCCACCCAGAGAAACUGCGUCACCUCACUCUCACGUCGCUCCACCACACUAUGUCCUCAUUCCAGCCGACGUUUAAUGCCCUCCAAGACUUCCCCAAUCUGGAAUCUUUGAGUGUCUGGAUCGAUCUGUCGUUCGGUGGGCAACUCUAUCUUCAGGAUGAAACACAGUUGUUCAGCUCCUUCCUGAACGCCUGCCCAACGCUUCGACAUCUCCACGUUAUGUGCUUCACUCGCCCAACUUUCCGCGUGGUAAGUCUUGACUUGUUCAGGCAUGAAGAUGUCCAAAAAUACUCAUCCGAUAUCCAGCGAGAUUUCUCCAGAGCACUUCGUCAGGCACCCAACCUGGAAUCGUUCACCCUAAUCAAAAUGUACAAGUCAUCUGAUGAAGACAUGACUACAAGUGCAAUCCGCAUCCUCCAAGAGAACCCCAACAUCGAAAAGUUCACUCUUCAGUAUACGCAAGAUCGAUGGCCGACCCUGAGCGCUGGACGACUCAGGCAAAUGGGCGUCUAUCGCGCCAGCAACUACGACGUAUUUGGAUACCCUGAAUCGAUGCAGGCCACCGAAUGCAAGGUCAAAACGUUUGGAUCCGUCUCUACGAGGAGGUUCAACCACAACCUUUCCGCCAAAUUGCCUCCUGGAAGCCCAGCCUGGGAGGCUCGAUCGCCUCGGUCGUCUAUUUCCAGCGACAGUCGAAGUUGGCACCGACGGACUGGGUCUCAAUCAAGCUUUGUGGUAGUCUAAGCUCUUUGUCUAUUCUCGACGCCUACGUUAAAUAAUGCCGAUUGGUGGACUUGCGCUUCACUCUUUGCCCGUUCACUUCAGUACCAGUAUUCGAGUUCUCCGUUGUAUUAUUAUCGAACACCGUUGGUAACUUAUAUGAUGAUGUUAAUGUUAUACCUUAU